AGUGAUUGUGCAAGAGGAACGACGACAUUUUUUGUGCUCACUGGGCGCUCGGGGCACGGCGUUAAAAGGCUGGAGGCGGCCACCUCGAGCAAUAAAAAGACGCCUUUUCAGCGUCGCCUGUAUCCCGCACGUGGCGAUGCUUGCGCUAUCUGACCUUGAUCCUGUCGCGGAGUUUGGCGCGUCGAAAGCGUUCACGUGGGCCGCAGGACUGCUGAUAGUGGUGUGCCUUCUCAGGACUCGUUAUGUAUCGCGAUGGCUGCGGAUAUGGCUGGCGCUGAAGCCACUGCCGGGACCCUGGGAUUUGAUACCGCAUUGGCCUUCGAUGUGUGUGCUCUGGAACAAUCGGAAAUGGCUGGGGCCGGAAAACUACACGGCGGUUAUCUUCAACGUCAUCAAAGAUCUGUCCAAGGAUUACGAAGGCAUGACGUUCAAGGCGUACCUGGGCGUCGUUCCUGUCGUGGUAAUACACACGCCUGAUGCUGCGCAGGCUGUUCUUACGGGCAAGUUAAAGUCGGACAAGCCCUUCCUGUACGCAUUCCUAAAGCCAUGGCUUGGUCACAAGAGUCUUUUGAUGAUUGGCGGCGAUCCUUGGAGGUCCAAGCGCAAGAUGUUUAUGCAAGCUUUCCAAGCAAAUGCUAUGGAAAACUACAGCGGCUUCAUCGAAAAGUGUGCCGACGGCCUCGUGGCGCGCAUAGAUAAGAUGCUGAAAGAGGCGCCAGACGAACCAAUACGAUGCCUCGAGAACGUGCAAAAAUGCGCAUUGGACAUUAUUGGGCAUGUUGCCCUUGGGGUGGACUUGGGUGUUCAGGGAGAGACGCACGGAAACUAUGGCGGCUACUUUAACUUGCUUACAGUGUUGGUGAGCAUGAGGAUUUUCCUACCUUGGCUAUGGCUGGAUCAGAUAUACAGAUUGACACCAGACGGCCGGCUGUUUCGAAAAAACCUGCGAAAGAUAGAAGCCAUCGUGUACGGCGUAAUGAACAAACGGAAGGAAGAAUUAGUGAAGAUCUCAAAUCAGACCGUCGAUAGCCACGCGCUUCCCACGAUCGGAGACGCCAGCGGCUCGUUGUUCCUCGACAGCCUCCUGCUGCAACACAUGAAGGCACCUUCCUCGUACACGCUGGACGGCGUGAGGAAAGAUGCGGAUUUCAUGAUGUUUGCGGGCAGCGACUCGAGUACGUGUGCGAUCAGCUGGUGCAUAUAUUUUCUCGGCCUUCAUCCGGAAAUACAAAGAAAGGUGCACGAAGAAUUGGACACUGUUUUCAGAGACCGCGAAGACAUGGAAUGCACACAAGAAGACCUCAAACGCUUGCAGUACAUGGAGUGCUGCGUGAAGGAGACCUUGCGACUGUGUCCUCCAUUCCCCUACAUUGGAAAGAUCCUUGACCAAGACUUGACAAUCGAGGGGCGCACCUUGCCGAAAGGAGUCGCCUGUUUUAUCAUCAUGUACAGCCUGCACCGAAAUCCGAACGAGUUUGAGAAGCCAGACGAGUACAUACCGGAGAGGUUCAUGUCGGAAGAGAACAGUCACCGCCACCCCUUCAGCUUCAUUCCCUUCUCUGCGGGGCCAAAGAAUUGCAUAGGUCAGAAGUUCGUUAUGAUGGAGAUCAAGAUUGUACUCGCGAAGAUCUUGUCCAAGUUUACUGUAGAAUCUACGUGCCCGAUAGAAGAGCUGCAGAUGACGUUUGAUAUUGUUCUCAAAGCCAAAGGAGGACUGCCUGUGCUGUUCCGCAAACGCAAGCAGUCAUGAAUAAAACAGUCGCAUCAUUUU